UUCCCAGUGGGUCCUGGGGUUGCGAGCAGCUGGUAUGGCUUCCGUGAGCCGGGCGCAGGAUGAAGCCGUUAGCGGUGCUCAGCUCAUCGCCGAGUCCCUCAAGGCUCAAAAUAUUGAAUACAUGUUUGGCAUUGUUGGUAUUCCAGUCACUGAAAUUGCAAUUGCAGCCCAAGCGGUUGGACUAAAAUAUGUAGGAAUGAGAAACGAACAAGCUGCCUGUUAUGCUGCAUCUGCUGUUGGAUAUUUGACUGGCAGACCAGGAGUAUGUCUUGUAGUGUCUGGGCCAGGUUUUUUACAUGCCGUUGGUGGGAUGGCAAACGCAACCGUGAACUGCUGGCCUUUGAUUGUUAUUGGAGGCUCUUCUGACAGAAAUCAGGAAACCAUGGGCGCUUUCCAAGAAUUCCCUCAGUUAUGUGCAUUUAUUCAGGUUGAAGCUGGUAGGCUGUACAACAAGCUGUCUGUCCGCCCAAGCAGCCUAGAAGCUAUUCCUGCUGUUAUUGAAAAGGCUGUAAGAACCAGCAUAUAUGGUCGUCCAGGUUCCUGCUAUAUUGACAUACCUGGAGAUUUUGUGAAUCUUCAGGUGAACAAGAGCUCUGUCAAGUACGUGGAAUGCUGCCUGCCACCUCCCAUCAGCACAGCUGAGAGCUCUGCUGUAUCCAGAGCAACAUCUAUCAUUGCUCUUUCCAAGCAGCCUCUGCUCAUCAUUGGAAAAGGUGCUGCUUAUUCACAUGCUGAAAGCAACAUCAGAAAGUUGGUGGACCUUUGUGGGCUGCCUUUUUUGCCUACACCAAUGGCAAAAGGAGUAGUUCCUGAUAACCAUCCAAAUUGUGUAGCUGCAGCAAGAUCAACGGCAUUGCAGCAUGCUGAUGUAAUCAUCUUGCUUGGUGCAAGGUUGAAUUGGAUUUUGCAUUUUGGUCUGCCACCAAGGUUUCAAAAACAUGUAAAGGUUAUUCAGAUUGAUAUUUGUUCAGAAGAGCUGGGAAAUAAUGUGAGACCAGCUGCAACUUUAUUAGGUGACAUAAAUGCCGUGACUGGACAGCUGUUGGAAGAAUUCACCAAAAGAUCAUUGAAAUAUCCUUCUAAUUCAGAGUGGUGGAAGAGACUACGAGAGAAAAUGUUGAGCAAUGAGGAAAGAUCAAAGGGAUUAGCAUUACAGAAAUCUCUGCCUAUGAAUUAUUACACAGUCUUCCACCACAUCAGAGAACUGAUACCCAAAGACUGCAUCUUAGUAAGUGAGGGAGCAAACACCAUGGACAUUGGACGAACUAUGCUUCCAAAUUACCAUCCCCGUCAAAGGCUUGAUGCAGGUACUUUUGGAACAAUGGGAGUUGGACUGGGUUUUGCUAUAGCAGCUGCAAUGGUAGCUAAAGACCGAACACCUGAAAAACGAGUCAUCUGCAUAGAAGGAGAUAGUGCUUUUGGAUUUUCUGGGAUGGAGGUGGAGACUAUUUGCAGGUACAACUUGCCAAUCCUGAUUAUCAUCAUAAACAACAAUGGGAUUUACACUGGUUUGGGUGCAGAUGCCUGGAAGGAGAUGUUAAAGUUUGGAGAUCCUGCUACAUGUGUGCCUCCUGUGUCUCUCCUGCCAAAUUCACACUAUGAGGAAAUUAUGUCUGCCUUUGGAGGUAAAGGAUACUUUGUUAAAACGCCAGAAGAAUUGCAGAAUGCUCUGAAAGCCAGCCUGUCUGACAAGCAAACACCUUCUCUUAUAAAUGUAAUGAUUGAUCCACAGUCUGACAGAAAGAAACAGGAGUUUCCCUGGCUGACUCGUUCUAACCUGUAGCAGAAGAUGAUGGUGGUGCAAGGCAGUGUGUGAAGCAAAGCUAAAUCAGUUUCCAGAAGCAGAACUGGUACAGCUCCAUUUUACAUAAGCAUUGGAACAAAAUGGGAUUCUGGAACUGCUAUUAGAGCACUCUUUAAAUGAUAAAAAGAAAUAAUUGUAAAAUGAAAGACACGAAUGAAUCUAUACCGGGCUUUCUAGCAGAUUGUACAGGAACACUGAUGAUACAAUCUUACACUACUCAAUGUAGAACUAAA